UAUGCGUGUAACUUAUACAGAACCCGAUUUAAACACAAACCAUCAUCAUCAACUGCAAGACCAAAACACACACAGUUUGAAUUCAAUACUUGACAUCAAUCAGAAUGAAACCCAAAGCACACAAUUUUUGACAUUUAGCAAGUUCCCGGACAAACUCUCACUGGAGGAGGACAGCGGUCGAUUAUUUCACUAUGAUAUGUUCAACAUUCGGACAUCAGAUAGCAGAUCCGAAAGUCACGAUGAUGUUGUUGAUGAUAAUAAUUCUGGUUCUGCUGCCAAUGCGGAUGAGGAAGACCAAAUCCACGAUAAAGAAACAGCUGGUAUUGCUAGUGACAAAGCCAGGCACAAUCUAGCAACCCGUGUUAUGUCAAAUGGUGUUGAAGUAAUUAUAGCAGGAGAUAAGAAUAGCAAAGCCUCUUUGAAAUCGAAUGCUUUGAGAACAGUUCAAAGUUUGUCGCGAAAACCAAUGACACUGGCACCUAGCACGCUAAAAGAUCAAAUGAUUUUGGUUAUGCCAUCAAAUGCUCAGGAAAAAUAUACAAUUCCGAUAAAUUCGAAACACUUUAUAACCAAAACAUGCCUCACAACAUACACCUACCGAACGACGUAUCUUCAAAAUGGCAAGACGACUAUUGAGAGUCGUGAAAAAGUCGUAUCAAAUACAGCAACCGAACAAAGAAACUACUUGAAAAUCAAACCAACGGAGACACUAGGAAUAACUUUGUCAAGGACCCCCGAAUUGGCCGUAGGAGUAUUUCACACAACAUACACUUACUACAACACAAUACUUGAUGGUGAACAUUCGAUUGUCGUUUCAUCGCAACAUGUAUUAACAAACACAAUUACCGGACCAGAUGAUUACAUUUCAUUUCUGCAACCAUCUGAAGUUGCAACUCCGGUUCUUGAAACAAACACCUAUUAUACAAAAAUCAGCCUAACCAAAACAUUUAAGGACUCGAAUCUGGAAAAACUUGUCAGUACUUCGAAUAUUUUGACACAAGUUAUAAUCACUGAGUCAAUGCAACAACCACCUCAAACCUCUUCAAUAACCGCAUCAUAUGUUGCGUUUGAUUCUGACGAGACAACCGCAACUCAAUAUUCUUAUUUCAAUACUGAUGAUGAAAAUGUUGAAAAUCAGAAACAAGGCAAGAUUCAAUCGGAAUUGUUGAGAAAUACUAUAAUACCAUCAUCCUCAACAUCAUUAUCAUCAUCAUCGUCCUUGUUAUUGCCCUCGUCCACGGCAAUGGCUUUGGAACUUCAGGGUUCACUUCAAACUGACAUGCAUAUCUAUGCAACAAAAACUUUUCUCACAACUUUUACUUACUUUACAACUCUAAUGAAUACUGGCAAUGGUAAUGGCAAUGAAGGCAGCAACAUUGAUUCAUCAGCAUCAACUGUUGUUAAUUUUCAUACGAGAGUUAUCGAAAAUGUUAUCACCGAAUCUAUUCCCAGUUAUUUAAUUAACUCUGAUCUUCUGUCUACAUUCGAAACACAACUUAGGAAUCCACUCAAUCAAAAUAAUUUUGUAACAAUGAUUACUUUAGGCGGUGGCCAGUCGCUUGAAGUGACUGCAAUGAACAUAUUACAUCCCUCAUUACAUUCGUAUGACAACAACAAGCAUCAUCCUGAUGUUAAAUUGGAUACAACUCGAACUAAAUUAGAAUCAAAUUCAUUGUCUGCGAGUGAGAAUAAUGCUAAUAUACAAAAACCAUCAUCAUCGUUUGAAAACUCUAAUGAAAUUCUCGAUUCGGAAGUUGCUAGUUCGGAAAACGAAGAACUUUUAGCGGAUCAAUAUCUGGCAGAAUCCGACCCGAGUCCAAUUGUUGUUCGAAAUAAUACAAAAAUUGUAGCAGCUCCAUCUACAACAGAUUUUGCAUCCGUCAAUCAACUAAUUGGUUCGUUUGAUUUGAAUCGAUUUCAAGCUCUGGGUCCAGUGUUUAACGCAAUGGCUGGUCUCAUACAAAACAAUUUAAAUAAUUUUGGUACCAAUACAAAUUCAAAUUUAGAGUUGAAAAAAAAUGCAUCCAGUUUAAGCUUAGAAGGAAAACAAGUUUUUAAAAAUAUUUCAACGUACAGUAAUGGAGCAGGAGCAGGAAAUUUUGUUGGACAAUCUCAUGAGGGGCCUAUUUAUAUACCUGUUCAAAGUUUGCCAACAGAAAAUUCUUUCCAAAGCUCUGAAAAAUUUAUAAGUCCCGGCAGUGGAAUGCAAGGUCUGCAUAUAUCGCCGCCAGUAACUAAUAGUUGGUUUAACGAAGCCACAUUCAAUCGCGUGAAACAACAAGAUACCAGUCCUGGACCUGGACCUGGGACAGUUUCCAGUGGAAAACCCAAAUAUGAGACUCCUUUGCUUAAUGGUGGCAUAGCUAUAAGUCCGGGUGAGGUGAUAACAGCAAACUCGGAUGUUAUUGUUGGGAAGCCAAAUGGAAUUCAACAACCACGAGUGCCAUAUAAUAAUAAAAUUUCUGACAGUGUUGUUAACCCAUUACUCGUACCGCCAUCGCCAGCAGCGCAACCUUCGAUUGGACCAUAUUCUUAUCAGUUUCAGCAUCAGCAAAUUAAAGUAAGCCCUAGUCCGAUACCAUUAUCAGUUUCAUCUUUGAAAUAUGAUCAAAUUCUUAAACCACCUUCAAUAAAACCCCACUCAAUGCAAUACAAUAAUCAACAACAACAACACCAACACACAAAAAAUCCCCCACCUCAUGGAUUUAAGAAUGUCAAUUAUAGGGCACAUUAUGCGACAAGCCACAUGCAUCACCCAUCACAGCAUUAUAUCCAACCCACGCAAAAACAACAACAACCACGUAUUCCAUUCUCACAUCUGCAAAAGAACCAUCAGAUUCAAUGGCCAAAUGCCCAACUACCUAAACCUACCAUGCCAAAUUAUAUCCCCUACGCUCCAUUCGACUAUGAUCAGCAAUAUCAUCCACCAAGACAUCCAUUCCAAAACAUCAGUAACAACGAAAUUCUUGAAAUUAAACGCAUUCCAGAGGUUUACAGUACCGACUUACCGGCUUCUGCUGAAUCACCAACAACCAACAGCAGCAGAAGCAAAAGCCCUGGUGACGGAGGAAUAUAUAAGGCAUUUGUCAAAAAAGUCAUCAACCCAGACAAACCAAUGCUGGUUGACAUACAGCCGUCGAAAAUCAAAAAUAUUGUGUUUCCUCAUGACAAUUCAGCAUCGAUUUUAGUUGUUGAGAGUUCGGUGGAAUUGCAUAAGAAUGGCCAAUACUAUGAUGAGCCAACAACUUAUCCAGAUGCUCUUAUGACAGGUAGUGUAACAAUAGCAUCAUCAUCAUCACCCAACAAUGCCGCAAACGCCCCCGCCCGAAAGCCAAUCUUAUCAAAUCAGCAAAUCAAUCUCGAUAUGAAUGUGCUGAGUCAUAAUGUGGAUAUAAAUGCUCCGCCAAUAACAUUUAAUAAAGACUCCGAAUUUCCGUUGCAUUCCACACCUGUUCGUGGUCAGAUUCACAAGACCAAUUUGUUCAAACCAUUCAAAAUGCCACAUGUGACUAUUCCGAUAACAGAUAAUCAAAUUCAAGUUAAUUUGACACCACAAAAUAUAAUAACUCAAAAUUUGUCAGGACAUUUUGUAAAUGAUGUGCAAACAGUUGUUAAUAGUGAUAGUGCCGGUGUUAACUCUGAAAAUUUGGAUUUGUCCAGUUACGACACUUAUUCUUCAGUUGGUUCUUCACAAAAUCAAUUACUUUCCGAAGGUGAAAUAGUAAUCGAUCACCAAAAACAACUGCAGCAACAACAGCUACAACCACAAACACAACAACAACAAUUCGAACAACAAAAACAACUGCUAUAUCAACACCACCAACAAAAACAUAAUAUAGAAGGAGAACAACAACAACAAUUCGGUCAAUUACACCAACAAAACCAACAACCACAAACACAGCAAAAACAAUACUUCCAACAACAGCAACAAAAACAACAGGUUCAACAACGUCAACAACAAAAACAUCAACACCAACAACAACAUGAAGAAGAAGAAGAACUACAACAACAACAGCUUCCUGUAGAAUAUUUGAAGCCUUUAGAAAGUAGUUUCUUUUUCGAUAGCAGCCAUCACACCACGCAAAAUAAACCUAACUCACUGAGCUUUUCGCAUUCGAACAACAAAACUUAUCAUUCCUAUCCAAAUGUUAUUCCAAUAAGAGCAAACAUAGAAUCUUCAUCCAAUUCAGCAGCCAAAAAAGUCUUCUCGCAAAAUUUUCCAACUCAAUUAAUAUCUAAAAAAACUACAACAACUACAGAAGAUACACUUCAAAUAUUUGCAAAGGUCAAACCAAAUAUUCAUCAGCAAUUUCAACCUUUUUCAAACAUCAUGGUCGACAAACAAAAUUCUCAGGGCCCCAACAGGCCACCACCUGUAAGCGAUCAUAUGCCUCUUGUAAAUCUGUUCUAUAACUCGCCUAAUGAAGAAGGUUCUUCUAAUAAAUUGCCAAAUAGACUUCUUCAUCCAACAAAAGAUGAUUCAAAUCGAGUUGAUGAUCAAAAUCCUUCGUCGUCUUUGAAUAUAGGUGUGCUGCCAUCAGCUAGUCAACGAGACGAAGAAGAAAUCUCAAAUUCUUCAAAUGAUGAGACAAUUUUCGAGUCGUCGCAAAUAACUAAAACUAAACCCUCAAAGUCACAACCGCCAACUCACCCUUCUUCAACUACGAAAACCCCAAUUCCUGUUCAGCCAUCACCAAGUACUAUAAAUCAUAUGGAUGAUUUAGAUACUCAGCUUCCACCACCGUCACUUAAAAAUUUGACAACUUUAAUAAAUCUUCUAUCGUCUGGUAGACCAUUUAUACCACUAACAAGCAAAAUCAGUACAAAAUCGCCUCUUAAAAAUACUACUAUUCCAAAAUUAGUAUAUCAUAAUGGUGAAGGGUUCAAAGGCCGUCCACAUGCGACAGAUCAAACCCAAAAUGCUAUACUUGAACAACCAACACGACCAGUAGUAGAUUCGACAAAAAAUGAUGCUAAACAACAGCAACAGUAUAAUAAUAUUCUAACGAGUCCUUCGCAUCAAACUGAGACCCCAUUUAAUCCUAAAUACACAAAGAGAACGAAAAAACCUUCGAAAACGCCUACGGCGCCCAUUACUUUAGUAACAGACAUUCCAUCACCAAUAACAACACAAUUGGAUCUUAACCAAAUGGAAGUGCUAAACCAACCUAAUGACAACGGUAAUCGUAAUAUAUCAUAUGCAGACGUUUUCGAUUAUCAUGAAACUGUCAAUCCAAACAGUCACAAUCAUAAAUUUAUGCCCACUGAUGAGCUUGAGCAGCGCACAACAACUAUUCAAACACUUACACUUGCCGAUAUGAGAACAGAGCGCCCGAUUUAUAAGAAUAACAAAGAUCGAUAUCAGUUUGCUUCGGAGCCCUCUACGGAUAUGAAACCGCCAAAAGAACUUUCAAUAAAGCCUCAGACAGAAAAAGUUUUAGGUCUAAAUCCUCCACCACCACCACCACCACUAUCAGCAGCAUCAGCACCAUCAAUACCAAUUAAUAACUUAAAGCCUACAAUACAGCCAAAUAGUUUUGGCAAUUUCAAUCUGAACUUGACCGAAAGAAAUCGAAGCCCAACUGUUCGUCCGGCGCUAAAGAAGCUGAUACGAACAACUACUAGUGGUUCCAUAUAUUCAAAAUACAAUUCCAGUACGACAAAACCACGCAACCAGAAACCAAAACCGAAACCAAAUAUCAGUGAAAAGCCGCCGAAUUACACAACAACAACAACAACAACAACAAAAGCUAUAGCUAAACCAACUAGACCACAAACUUUGAUUAAAAAGCCUGCAGAAUUUUCCAUAGCAACAACUUCAUUGUAUCCAUUUAUUCAGAAAACAUCAACAAUAACACCUUCUACCGCUAAAGUUGCUGCUGUUCCAUCGAUCAAAGAAAAACUUGAGGUAAUAUCACAAACGGUUAAAAAACUACCGCCGACUUCGAGCAUUGAGAAAUCAGCAGCAGCAGACUCAAAUCAAGAGUCAAUGAUAUUCUUAGCUCAAGCUCAAGAAAUUCCAGAAGAGAUUUUAAUUGAAGGAUCAGAAAAACCAGAUAAACAUUAUCAAACUAAGUCGCUUGCAAAUAGCUUCACAGAAAACCUAAAGCAAACAAAUUCACCAAAGACAAACAAAAAAACAAAACAAUCCGAAUCGAACCAAAACCAUCCAAAACAGCAACAGUCUACAAUUAUGCUACCAACUCUAGCAACAAAUUCAGGUAUUAAAACUGAUUUCAUAGAGUUUAUGGUUCCAACACAAGCCAGAUCAACAUCAAGCUCUUCUUCAAUUAUUUUCCCUACAAAAUAUAUAACAAAACCACAUUAUCUAACUGUAACUACAACAAAACUUAGUAUCUCAACAAGUCUCGGUGUUCCAGUUACCCAGACCCUAACUCUAACACUCACAGAAACAAAAACUUCAACAUUGGUUGAUACUGUCACCGAAACGCACACUCUAUUGCAGCCAACUAGAGUAACAGAAAGCCAUACAACAACCGCCACGGCAACGGCCACGGCCACCCAAAUUAUCCAUUAUGAAGACUAUGAGGAUCACCACCAUCACCAUCAUUCACAGCAGCGGCCUGCAGCCAAGAUCAAACCAACGAUAGAAGUUGUUGACAAUGUUUUGCUAGCAAGUAGAGAAAGUGAAAAUGACUCCGUUGAAACGUUAAGAAUUCCAGCUAUUCCAGUUUCGACAACACCGACAAAAGCUUUUGACACAGCAGUAUCCAAAAUUAAUGCAAAUCUUACUCAAGAUUUUGACAACAACAGUAUUUUUGUGGUUAUGACGGAUAAAAAUAGCCAAGGUGGAAUUUUCAGCAUCAGCCCUUCGAUGAUGGACACCCCGCAAAAUAUAAAUGCAAUUGCCGGUGGCGUUAAUAACGGCAGUGAAAAAGUUAUUCCUGCUGAAAGCCCAAACUCCAUCGAACUAGACUACGAUUACAACAUUACAUUUGAUUAUUUUCCAACAAGAGAUGAAGAGGCCGAAGAAAAUGAGGUUAAUCAUGUACUUCUUGGCGGAGUUCUUAUUGCAGCUCCACCAAGAUCUAAUAAUAACGACGAUCCAACAUCAUCCAUCGUUGGACUAACUCCUAAUGCUACAUGCAGGCCAUUAUGCAAGGCAUCGCGAAACGAGCUUUGUCAACUUAUUAACAAUCGCAUGCAGUGUCUAUGUCGUCCUGGCUUUGCCCGUAUGUUCCCUGAUCGACCAUGCAGACCAACAUAUACCUAUGCACUAGAGAUUCCUAUACAUAGAAUAAGCAAACAAAUUUUACACUUCAAUGAGCAAUACCGCAAGCGAGAUUCCAAUGAAUUCAAAGAACUAGCUGACAUAACUCACAACGCUGUCGAUCGAAUGAUUAUGCAAUCUGAUCUGCGUGAUGUCUAUCAUGGAGUUCAUGUAACUUCCUUCGAUAUAACCAAUUCUCCGGAAACUGAAGGUGGCAUUUUGGGGAAAUUUCUUAUUCAGGUAAAAAUAAAUAGUAGUGUGUCGUUAUCAGACAGCAGUGAUGAAAAAAGACUGGUUGAUGUUUUCAAAAAAUAUCUGCGUCUGAAUAGCUUCAGUUUAGGUGGAACAGAAACAUUUACCACUCAAAAUGGCGUUAAUUCAUUGCAAGUUAAUGAUUUCAACGAGUGCGCUCAUAAUCAGUUCCAUGACUGUUCUGAAAAUUCAAGAUGCUUCAAUCUCCAAGGGACAUACACGUGCAGCUGUCAAGAAGGAUUCGUCGAUCUAUCAGAGAACUCCAUCUAUCCGGGCCGAAUUUGUUCAGCCGAAGUUAUUGGAUGUGAAAAAUGCCAUUUUCAUGGCAAAUGUAUUCAAUCAAAUAAAACUAAGCAACAACAACCAAUGGUUGUUGUAUGCGAGUGUUUUUCAUGGUACACGGGUGCAUCAUGUCAGUUGAAUUUAAAAAUUGUCCUAAUUGCCUUGAUAACAAUAGGAACGAUACUUUUUAUUCUUUUGCUGUUUUGUGUGCUCAUUACCUGUACACGCCGCAAUAGAGACAAUAACAAUAUGCAGUCAUUUAUGUCGGGCAUGCAAAUAAUUGCUCCGAAAAACAAUGGUUCAUCAUCAGCUAAAAAUCUUACAAUCGAUAGACGUGCAAUGAUUAAAGAUUCGAGCAGUGAGGGUAGCGAGAACUCGCUUCCAUAUGUUUUGAAGAGAGACGUUAAAAAGCAAAACGUUUCAAAGAACACCAACCACCAUCACACGCAGCCACAAAAUCAACAUCAUAGUCUAAAGCCAACCAAGAUAAUCAAUCAGCGUGGUCAUCCUUCAUCAGGACUUCUUGUUCCAUCAUUUUCAGAAACAAGCCAGCACCAGCACCACAAUUUCCCCGAACAAAAUGAUCGCUCCUUAACUGUUAUGAUUCCUAGAGCCAAAUACCAUCAUUCUGUUUUAGCCCAAACCUCAUCAAAGACCCAAGCUGAUGGCUUAGAUCUUACAGAAUAUAAUAAUGAAGCUCACUUAAAGAUUGUCCCGUCAGAUACUUGUGGUUCCAGUUCGAAGGCAUCAACAUUUCACUGCAACAAUGACAAAAUAUUUAAUAAGAAUUCAAAUAAACCAACUACUACGGCAAUUGCUGGUGUUGCCAGUGGUGGCGGCACUAUCAAUUCGAGUCACGGUGCUCUGCUCACAAAGAACACCGGUGCCCUUGUAUCAGCAGGAUUUGAAGUUUCUGCAACGGUAGGAAGUAUCGUGAAUCAACAACAACAACAACAAACAUCUAGUUCAACGACAAAUUUGUCAUUGCACGAUUCGGCUGCAGAUAUGAAUUUUCAAAAAUUCAACUACAAGGACACACAAUUACAAUACAAUAACUAUAAGGAUGGAGACAAAUUUAUUGAUUCUAUGGAUGUCUGGAUUGACACAAUUCAACAAAACGAAUUAGCGGCUGAAGCAAGAUCCUUUAAUGAAACCACAAUUCAAGCACCAACAAAGUCACUUCGUUGUACGUAUGAAAGACAAUUAUCACAGAGCAAUGGCAAUGAUGAAGCAAAUACAAUGGCUGAACGAGACGUGGGCUCGACUUGUUUACUUCCUCAUACGCAUCUUUACAAGCCUGAUAGAGAUAGUGAUGUAUCAGGCUUUGAUUCGUUUUAGAAUAUCAUGGAAUUAAUUAUUUCACAAAUAAAAUUGUGCCAACAGCAGUAUAACCAAUUUAUGUAGAUUUGAGUGAAACAACACAAAAUAUGCAACUACUUCAAAAUAGUAGCUGAAAUAUCUG